GUGCGUUUAGUUUGAUCAUGGCGGGGCCGCGGCAGGGGGCACCUGCUCUCUGCCCAGACACUACUUGAGAAGCGGCUGUAAAUGAAAACAAGUCGACGCCAAGAAGAGGACAAAAGUGGACCACCGCAGAGACAGUUUACGAACUAGGAUGUCAGCGCACAGUUUAUGUUUUCUCGGUCCUCUCCGUGAUUUGUGAAACUACUGGAUUUGUCGCUCCUGAUCUCCUGUCAUGUCGUUACUGUGCGUCAGAGUUAAAAAAGCCAAGCUCCAGGGACCUCCGGAAAAGUUCAACAGCUACGUGACGCUGAAGGUUCAGAAUGUCAAGAGCACGACCAUCACGGUGCGAGGGGACCAGCCCGGCUGGGAGCAGGACUUCAUGUUUGAGAUCAACCGUCUGGACCUGGGUCUCAUCGUGGAGGUGUGGAACAAGGGUCUGAUCUGGGACACCAUGGUGGGCACCACCUGGAUCCCCCUGGACACCAUCUGCCACUCAGACGAGGAGGGGUCGGGGGAGUGGAUGCCCCUGGACGCGGAGGUGCUGAUGAAGGCGGACGAGAUCUACGGCACCAAGACCGCCACGCCCCACCAGCUGCUGCUGGACACCCGCUUCGAGCUGCCCUUCGACAUCCCAGAUGAGGAGGCAGAGUACUGGACUGGGAGGCUGAAGGACAUCAACACCAUGCCUAUCCAUGAGGAGUACCCUCUCCAGGAGGACGUGGCUGGUCGACCGCUGCAUCUCGCCGCCUCCCAGUGCUCGCUGGACGAGCACGACAGCGCGCAGGACGACCAUGACAGCGACUACCGCAGCGAGACCAGCAGCAGCGCGCCGCCGCCCCGCUUCCACACCACGGCCCAGCCCAACUCGUCACUGCACCAGUACCCCGUGAGGCCGACCGUGAGGGCGGCCCCGAACCACCAGCACCAGCACCACCUCAACCAGCAGCAGCAGCCCCCCCAGCAGCAGCAGCUCCAUCCCGGGGUGAACCCGCGGGAGCCCUGUGCCGAAUCGGUGCACAGCUUCGACAUGGAGGACCGGGAGCCAACGGGGAGCAGUCCGGUGGAAAGUAGUCGCUUUGGCUCCUCUGGGAACCUGAGCCAGGUGAGCUCCCAGCUCAGUGAGAUGGGCCAAGAGAGCACGGGAGGAUCAGAGCAGGAGGAGUCCUUCCACUCCUAUCACAGCAACGACCCUCGGCCCACUUCCUCCUCCACCGGAGGACCGCCACCGGUCAAUGAACUUCCCCACCCCACGAACGGCACCUCCCUGAGGGGGGAGGAGGCCUCCGUGAGGAUCGCCGCCAAGGGAGUGGUUCAGGUCCAGAAGAACGACACUCCCGCUGAGAGACGCUUGGCUAGACUUCAACGUUUCCAUGACGACGGGCCGCCAUUACCCUUCACUCCCUCCAGGGUGCGCUGGUUGAAGGCCAUCAAUAAAGUGAGAGUACAACUCCGAGAGGUCAGCCAUGAAGAGUCCACUGCCAGACAGGCUUGGGCCAAACCAGGUGGAGGAACGGGUCUCUACGGUAUUGACAGCAUGCCAGACCUUCGCAAGAAGAAGCCCAUUCCCUUGGUCAGCGACGUGUCCCUGGUCCAGGCUCGGAAGGCGGGGAUCGCGUCCUCCAUGUCGGCCCGGUCCUCCAUCAAGGACGAGGAGUUGAAGACCCACGUGUACAAGAAGAGCCUGCAGGCCCUCAUCUACCCUAUCUCCUGCACCACGCCGCACAACUUCGAGGUGUGGACGGCCACCACGCCCACCUACUGCUACGACUGCGAGGGCCUGCUGUGGGGCAUCGCGCGCCAGGGCAUGCGCUGCUCCGAGUGCGGGGUCAAGUGCCACGAGAAGUGCCAGGAGUUGCUCAACGCCGACUGCCUCCAGCGCGCGGCUGAGAAGAGCUCGAAGCACGGCGCAGGCGACCGCACCCAGAACAUCAUCAUGGCCAUGAAGGACCGCAUGAAGAUCAGGGAGAGGAACAAGCCCGAGGUGUUCGACGUCAUCAGGGAUGUGUUCGGCGUCAACAAGUCCCUCCACGGCCAGCAGAUGAAGACCAUCAAACAGAGCGUCCUGGACGGCACCUCCAAGUGGUCCGCCAAGAUCACCAUCACUGUUGUUUGUGCCCAGGGUCUCCAGGCCAAGGAUAAGACGGGCUCCAGCGACCCCUACGUCACGGUCCAGGUGGGCAAGACCAAGAAGAGGACCAAGACAAUCUACGGGAACCUCAACCCGGUCUGGGAGGAGAAGAACCACUUCGAGUGCCACAACUCCUCAGACCGGAUCAAAGUGCGUGUGUGGGACGAGGACGAUGACAUCAAGUCCCGCGUGAAGCAGCGUCUGAAGAGGGAGUCUGAUGACUUCCUGGGCCAGAGUAUCAUUGAGGUCCGGACCCUCAGCGGAGAGAUGGACGUCUGGUACAACCUGGAGAAGAGAACGGACAAGUCGGCGGUGUCGGGCGCCAUCCGCCUGCAGAUCAGCGUGGAGAUCAAAGGGGAGGAGAAGGUGGCUCCGUACCACGUCCAGUACACCUGUCUGCACGAGAACCUGUUCCACCACUACACGGACGUGCUGGGCCAGGGGGUGGUCCGCAUCCCCGAGGCCCGUGGGGACGACUCCUGGAGGGUGUACUUUGAGGAGGUGGCCCAGGAGAUCGUGGAUGAGUUUGCCAUGCGCUACGGGAUCGAGUCCAUCUACCAGGCCAUGACGCACUUUGCAUGUCUGUCAUCCAAGUACAUGUGUCCGGGCGUCCCCGCGGUGAUGAGCACCCUGCUGGCCAACAUCAACGCCUUCUACGCCCACACCACCGCCUCCACCAGCGUCACCGCCUCCGACCGCUUUGCCGCCUCCAACUUCGGGAAAGAACGGUUUGUCAAACUCCUGGACCAGCUCCACAACUCUCUGAGAAUAGACCUCUCCACGUACCGGAACCACUUCCCAGCCAGCAGUAAGGACCGCCUCCAGGACCUCAAGUCCACCGUGGACCUCCUCACCAGCAUCACCUUCUUCAGGAUGAAGGUCCAGGAGCUGCAGUCCCCGCCGCGGGCCAGCCAGGUGGUGCGGGACUGUGUGAAGGCCUGCCUGAACUCCACCUAUGACUACAUCUUCAACAACUGCCAGGAGCUAUACAGCCGACAGUACCAGCCGCUGGACACGACCAGGGAGGAGGUUCCUCCAGAGGAGCCGGGCCCCAGCAUCAAGAACCUGGACUUCUGGCCCAAACUCAUCACCCUCAUCGUGUCGAUCAUCGAGGAGGACCGCAACUCCUACACGCCCGUGCUCAACCAGUUCCCCCAGGAGCUCAACGUGGGGAAGGUCUCCGCUGAGGUCAUGUGGACGCUGUUCGCACAGGACAUGAAGUACGGCAUGGAAGACCAUGAGAAGCACCGGCUGUGUAAGAGCGCAGACUACAUGAACCUGCACUUCAAGGUCAAGUGGCUGUACAACGAGUACGUGAAGGAGCUGCCCAGCGCCGUGCCGGCGGACGUGCCCGAGUACCCAUCGUGGUUCCUGCAGUUUGUGUUGCAGUGGCUGGAGGAGAAUGAAGACGUGUCCAUGGAGUUCAUGCACGGAGCGCUGGAGAGAGACAAGAAGGACGGAUUCCAGCAGACUUCGGAGCACGCGCUCUUCUCCUGCUCCGUGGUGGACAUCUUUACGCAGCUCAACCAGAGCUUCGAGAUCAUCAAGAAGCUGGAGUGUCCCGACCCCGGCGUCAUGGCCCAGUACAGCCUGCGCUUCUCCAAGACGAUUGCCAAAGUUCUCCUGCAGUACAGUGCCAUUCUGACCAAGAGCUUCCCCUCAUACAUAGACCAAGAGAAGAUACCCUGCGUCCUCCUGAACAACGUUCAGCAGCUGAGGAUCCUGCUGGAGAGGAUGUUUGAGUCCAUGGGCGCCAAACAGAUGGACUCAGAGGCCAGCGCCCUCCUAAACGAACUGCAGGUGAAGCUCAACAAUGUCCUGGAUGAACUCAGCACUACAUUUGGAAACAGUUUCCAGGUGCGCAUCAACGACUGCAUGCGUCAGAUGGCGACCCUGCUGUACCAGAUCAAGGGCCCGGUCAGCAGUAAGAACCAGGCGGAGGCCGACCUGGACAACAUGCUCAGACCCCUCAUGGACUUCCUGGACGGAAAGCUGACCCUGUUUGCCACGGUGUGUGAGAAGACGGUGCUGAAGCGUGUGCUAAAGGAGCUCUGGAGGAUCGUGAUGAGCAGCCUGGAGAAGACCAUCGUCCUUCCCAAGGGCCACGACACCUUCGGAGCACAGAUCCUGUCUGCGGCCAAGGAGCUGGGUACCCUGUCCAAACUGAAGGACCACAUGGCCGGAGAGGCCAAGAGCCUGUCUCCCAAGCAGUGCGCCGUCAUGGACAUGGCCCUGGACACCAUAAAGCAAUACUUCCAUGCGGGCGGUAACGGGCUGAAGAAGGCCUUCCUGGAGAAGAGUGCUGAGCUCUCGUCGCUACGCCACGCCCUUUCGCUCUACACUCAGUCCACCGACACGCUCAUCCAGACCUUUGUCACAAGCCAACGCGUUCAAGUACACAAUGGAAAGGGUAUUAGGUUAACUCCCAACGAAAAAAUACAGCCGAGCAGGGGGUCCGGCGUGGACAAGCCCAUCGGGGAGGUCUCGGCCCAGAUCGAGCUCCACACCCACCCGGGCAACGGGGAGCGCAAGAUCACCGUCAAAGUCUUGGGAGCCAAUGAUCUCAAGUGGCAGACUCCUGGGAUGUUCCGGCCCUUUGUGGAGGUGUCUCUCAUAGGUCCUCAUCUCAGCGACAAGAAACGCAAGUUCCAGACCAAGUCCAAGAACAACUGCUGGUCGCCCAAGUUCAACGAGACCUUUAACUUCGUGCUGGGCGGCAAGGAGGGCUGGGAGAGCUACGAGCUGCAGUUGUGCGUGAAGGACUACUGCUUCGGCCGGGCGGACCGCGUGGUGGGCCUGGCGGUGAUGCAGCUCCGGGACCUCGGCGAGAAGACGGGCGGCGCCUGCUGGCUGCCGCUGGGCCAGGGCGUGCACAUGGACGACACGGGGCAGACCGCCAUGCGCAUCCUGUCCCAGCGCGCCGGCGACGAGGUCGCCAAGGAGUUUGUGCGCCUCAAGUCGGAGACUCGCUCGGCCGAGGAGGGCCGGUGAGGAGGAAGGGGAAGGGAGAGGAUGGAAGGGAAUGACGAAGGAAAGGAAGUGACCGCCAGAGAGGUAGACUCGACGGAGGAGGACAGAGGGGAAAGCGAAUGCUCCCAAGACGCUUUGGUUUGAAUCAUGGCUAACACACUCGUAACCUUGGUUUCCUCGACGUCGGUUGGUCCACACCUCCACACGCUCCAUCCCUCUCCUCACUUCUCACAGACACAACACACCUGAGCCCUCAUCCUAGAGCGACCUCAGCCUUUCCAGUCGUUCACAGACUCUUCCUCACCCUUCUUUGGCUUUGGAUUCGGUUGUGGGCGCCUCCUGUCCUGUUUUUGUUUAAGCGGCAGAAACCGUGACCUGAUCAGAGUGUGUGGGUGUUUGCCACGCCCUAAUCACAAGUUCUGCAAUACCCCCCACCCUCCCCCCACCAUCCACUCCCCAUACCAACCUCACACCCCCCACUGUUUACCUGACCUCAGACCUCGUCACCCUCCAUCACCUCUAACCCAAUCCCUUGAUCGUCUGGUCACCUCCACGCACGCCACCAUCACCUUAAUCUUCCCCUGAUAAAUGCCACCGUGACUCUCCCCCCAAGCAUCAUAGCCUCCUUCCCCACUCCCACUCCAAACUCUUGUGUUUGAUGCCUUACAUGCUAGAAACUGUGAAAGAGAAUUAGACACGCUCUUGUGUUUGAAACUCUAUCCACUCUAUUUAGCUCCACCGGUUUAGAGGGAGGUUGAUUUUUGAUUUAUUUUUUCCAAGAUUAACUACUUGUGAAUACUGCUUCAUAAACAGGGGAAUGCUGAAUGGGGACCGGCCGCUUUUCUCAGUAUGAUUGUAUGGAGAGCAUGUGGCCCUAGUUUCUGUAGCGUUGAGUUCUACAAUCGGUCAAUCAAACUGUCUCUAGGCAACCGAAGGGGUGCCACUGAAGAAGACAUAGAUAGUUAUACACCAGCUAUUUGGGUUGGUACGAAAGCAAACUGUUGAAUCAAAGUAAUAAUCAAAGAGUGAUAAUGUGUGCCUUGAUGUGUGAGGUUUCUAUUUCCACUCAGAGAACCGUCAUUCCAGUUUCCCGUUGCCCUGAUGUUAACUAGCAAGGACAAUCACAGGGCUGAUGUCGUAGUUUCCAUGGUGACCACAAACCUUAGCCUCUUAUCCAUGUCGGUAAAACCAAAUCCUAUAGAGACCAAGAAUCUAGACAUUGUUUAUAUGGAUUUAUUAAUAGACGUACUCUUAACUUCACUCAUUGAUUCUUAUUUAUUUAUUUUAUAUGUGUAUAUUUAUUUUGUCUGCAGUCGUCUAAAUAUGUUUAAUGCCGGAUUUGCCAUGUUUACUUUUCCGAUUGGUGUAUUUAUAUGUUGGCCAAGUUGAACCUGCAGGAUUCUAGAAUUCUGCAACCAGAGUUCUAGAGCUGAGCUGAGUUCUUUGAACAAGCUGAGUUCCGGGUUCCACUGAAGUGUUCUCUCCUCAGACAAGCUUCCCUCCAUUUAGAAAAUCGAAAUCAAAAGUACUAAAACAUUCAGGGAAAUGUUCAGUCACACUUCACACAAAUUCACAUCAAGUACCGUAAUGUCCCUGAAUGACGAAAGUGCUAACAUAUUAAUAAAAUAUCGGCCUCUUUAUAUAUUUUUUGUAAGAUAAGUAACAUUUUAAUGUAACAUUUCUGUUUUUGUUUCACCCACAUGUAAAAGUGGUGUGUGGGAGAUGUUGUGGUUUACACAGCAUUCUACUGCUGUCCUCUCCCUCUCAGUGGCCUUAUUUUGGUAAUAGAGAAAAUGUUGGCAUCUUGUUAACCCUUUUUAAUCUAGUAUUAAUUUUCCGGCCCCGAAACUUUGAAAACAUCCGCACAUGAUUAUGAAUCAAUCAUUCCCCCAAGUGAUGCUCUUUGCCGUUAUUUCAUACUUGUUUUUUAUUUUUAUCAUUGACUCGAUUCUCUUUUUGAAGUCGGUUGAUUCUUGUCGGGUCUUUUUCUUUCGGUUUCAUUUUCUGAAUGUUUUGAUCCCUCGACCCUAGUGAGGACCUCACGACGUCCUCCACUGUGUUUGGAAGUGUGCGAGUGGUUGGUGUUGUGGACAGCUGAUGAUAUACUGUGAUACAAAUGCUGGUGAACUCUUAUCAAUCAAAAAAAUUGACAACCACUGAAACUUGACACUGCUGUAACAAAAAACAACUGUUUCCGCACAUUUGAGAAUUUGUUUUUGCACCAAAUGACAACUGCCAAAACACUACACAUGACUUUUGUUUGUUACGUUACACUUAUGGUUUAUGAAUGUUUGGAGCGGUUGUGUUUCUGGUAUAAAGCCACUCUUUGUAUUACAUGUCCCUUGUGCCAAGUUGUACCAAGUUGUCGAUUUACAACCGAUUUGUUGUUCUUACCUCUUUAGCCCCUCACACUUCCAGUACGUUACUUCAGUAGUUUAUCUGUCAAAGUAUCUUCUUAUUGUUAGCUUUCUUCUUGUUAUUAUUGUGACUUUGUUUUUCAUCACUGUUAUGAGGAUGGUGGUGUUCAUUAAAAAGUUAACAUUCCAAUUAUUGAAUUUUGUAUAAAGUGUCGGAGAAGCAUUUUUAUUGUUUUGUCGUUUUUUUUAAUCCAGUUUUUUUUUUUAAGGUUUUGAUGUAUUUUGUUGGAUUGUUGGAAUACUAUUCAGCCCCAGGAUCUCCUCAACACUAAGAAAAAUACAUAAUAUCUGGCUGUGAAGCGAAUUUGGUUCUUAGAGUUUUUGUAACUCAGAUUUUAAAGGUCAUCAUAAUUAUUUUGCUAAGGGAUAAUCAAUUAGGACACUUUAUUUGCAAGAUUGUGGCAGAAUUAAAGCUAGGGAAGGCAAUUUGGAGACACUAGCCAGAGUAAGCUAGAUUUUGAAAGAAUCUAGCUGAAAAAAAUUCCACCCCUCCUUUCAGACCUGCCUCCAAAGCCACUCCCCAAAAACA